AUGCCACCAAACCCAUAUCUAGAUCAUCUGGAGCACACGGACGACGUUCAAUUCUGCAUUGACAUCUAUGCGAAACUUAUGGGGCUAAGCGAGCACGCAAACAUCAAGAAGGCAGAUAUCCAGAACCUGAUCGAGGUCUUCUACAAGCGAGAGAAUCGUGGUGUCUUCCCUAUGCAAACGCAAGCCGUUUCAGAAGGGAACUGGCAGGAGUUUGGUCGCGAGGGCACAUGCAAGCUCGUCGUGGGCUACGUGGAUGACAAGCAAAGAGAUGAUUAUGAGUAG